CGGAGAAAUUCCAAGAUGAUCAGUUUCAUAUAUCGCGCGCCUAAACUCCAGCCCAAUCUCUUGUUGAAGACGGCGCAACCCGUGGAUAGCGAAGCUGGUCAUUGAAAGAACCUGGUCUGGCACCAGGAUAUCGAGUCUUAACCACCCCGCAUCGUGUUCUGCCAAAGCCAAUCGUGUUUCUUAGAGCUUUCAGGCUUCGGAUGAACCCUCCAACUGUUGUUCGCCAUGGUACAGCAAGUCGCUGUGGCAUUGUAUGACCGGGGUGACUAUUCUCGCGGGGAUAAGCGGCGAGUCUUUGGCUAUGAGGCUUAUCAUUGGGGCAUCAUCAUCAUGCCCGAUGGUCCCGAGGAACGAGAUUAUCACGCCUUCUCUGCUACCGAUGUAUCCGAGAUCAAUCCAGUUACUUUUCGCAUGCACAACCCUACCAUGACUUGGUGGCUCCGAGCCGAGGAAAAUGUCAAGCCCGACGAAAACGUCAAACCACUUGGGUGUAUUGUUAUUGGAGAAGUGCCAGAGGAUGUCACGUUCGCUCAACUAGACGACCUGUUUCACUCUAUAUCUCUACCGGUAAAGAACACGCAUCCGCAGCAGAGCUGUGUGACUUGGAUCGUGUAUGCCGUACAGGCCCUUCAGGAGCAAGGUUGGGUAACGCAGUUUGAUCUCGACGAGUUCAAAGACCGGGUCGUCUCUUACGCUGACGAGAGGAUGGAAGGGUCAAGCUCACAGGUCAUAUUCUAUCAAUCUUAGCAAUGUUUAUAUGUCUUUUUAUGAUGCCAGUAUACACUCUCACUCCAGCCUUUCAGCUGGGCGUCAUGUAAGCCAUUUCAGUGGGAUAUGAGACUUACUGCUAUACAGCGGAUGAUAUCUAAGUCACGAUGCAUGCGUCUCAGUUCAAAUUUGGCCUAGUAUUGGCAAAGCAUUGACCCUUGCUAUGAAUCACGGUAUUAACUUGUUUCUGUCAAACCUUCACCGACAGUUUCUCGCCAUGCACUGUGUCUUUAUACUGGGC